UCCUCCGCCCCCGCCUCUCCAGUCCCGGCGGUCUGCUCGGCUCCCCGGCUCUGCCCCAGCCCAGCCACCCGCGCGGCUCCACUCGCCCAGUCCGGCCGCUCCAGUCCGGAUCUCUCCGCCUCCCGACCCGGGUGCGAGUUCCAGCAGCUGGCGAGGAGGCGGCAGCGGCUGGCCCGGGUUCCCCUCGGCCGCCUCGUCAGCCCGAGGUUGGCGGGGAGAAAGAGGCCGGGCAGCCCCUGGAGCCCCUCCGAGGACAAUGCACCCGGCGCUGGGCCACCCUCGCGCGCUCUCGUCCGCGCCCGCCUCCUUCCCGCCGCCCCCCGCCGCCGCCCGGCUCCAGCCCCUCUUCCUCCGGGGGGGCUCCUCCCGCGGCCGGAGAGGCUCGGGCGACAGCAGCACCAGCACCAGCACCAGCCGCGGGGGGGGCGGCGGCAGACGCGGCGGGGGCGGCGGCUCCCCGAGCAGCAGCACCGGCGCGGAGCGAGAGGACGACGACGACAGCAUUAGCAUCAGCAAGCCACUGGUGCCCGCCGCCGCCGCCGCGCUCCCGGGGCCCCCGGCGCAGGGGGGCGUCCCGGUCUCCGCCACCGCACCCGCCGCCGCCUCCUCCACUUCCACGCCCACCUCCUCCUGCAGCAUGACCGCCGCGGACUUCGGCGCGGGCGCAGCGCCCGGCACCGUCGGGGGCCCCGGGAGCCGCUCGGCGGCGGGCGCAGGCGGCACGGGGACCGGUGGCGGCGCCUCCUGCUGCUCGUGCUGCUGCUGCUGCUGCGGCCGCCCCGCUCGCUCGGGCCGCAGGGGUCGGCGCCGGGGCUGCUCGCCAAGCCCGGGGUGCCGUUGGGGCUACCAGGCGCUGUCUGUGGUGCUGCUGCUGGCUCAGGGCGGUCUGCUGGACCUGUACCUCAUCGCUGUCACUGACCUGUACUGGUGCUCUUGGAUCGCCACCGACCUGGUGGUGGUGGUGGGCUGGGCCAUCUUCUUCGCCAAGAACAGCCGGGGCCGUCGGGGCGGUCCGGCGAAUAGCGCGCACAACCACCACCAGCUCCACCACCACUCGGCUCCGCCUCUGCACCUAUCCGCUGCGGCGUCGGCGGCAGGGGCCGGGGCCAAGGCCCGCGGAGGUCGAGGAGGUUCUGGAGGCUCCGGGGCCGGGCCGGGGACGGCUGGGGCAGCGGGCGAGUUCGCCUUUGCGUACCUGGCCUGGCUCAUCUACUCCAUCGCUUUCACUCCUAAGGUCGUGCUCAUCCUGGGCACGUCCAUCCUGGACCUCAUCGAGCUGCGCGCGCCCUUUGGCACCACGGGCUUUCGCCUUACCAUGGCGCUGUCCGUGCCGCUGCUCUACAGCCUAGUGCGAGCCAUCAGCGAGGCGGGCGCGCCCCCGGGCUCGGCAGGUCCCCUGCUCCUGCAGCCACAGCAGCAUCGCGCGGCGGGCUGCUUCCUGGGCACGUGUCUGGACCUGCUGGACAGCUUCACGCUGGUGGAGCUGAUGCUGGACGGCCGCGUGCCGCUUCCCGCGCACCUGCGCUACCUGCUCAUCGCGGUCUACUUCCUCACGCUCGCCUCCCCAGUGCUCUGGCUGUACGAGCUGAACACCGCCGCGGCAGCGCCGUCCUGGGGCCAGGCCUCCGGGCCUGGAAGCUGCAGCCGCCUUUUGCGUUUGCUGGGCGGCUGCCUGGUGGACGUGCCCUUGCUGGCGCUGCGCAGCCUCCUGGUCGUGAGCUACCAACAGCCGCUGUCCAUCUUCAUGCUCAAGAACCUCUUUUUCCUUGGUUGCCGUGGCCUGGAGGCCUUGGAGGGCUGCUGGGACCGGGGGAGCUGGGUAUCCCCAAGUCGGGCCAGAAGCAGCUAUGGUGCUCCUCCCUCUGCUCCUCCACCACCUCCUCCACCACCACCUCAGGGAUGCUCCCAGCGGGGCCACUUGGAAAAUGAAGGGGGCCCUCAUGGCUAUGUCAACACUCUAGCUGUGGCCUCUCAGAAUUGAAGCAUUGAAGGGCAGGGGCCCUGAUCUUAGCUUUAGGAUUUCCGGUCCCCUUGGCUGUGUUUGGAGGUAACUGUUUACUAGGCAGAAGGCCAGUGAAUUCUUCUGCACCCCAUGGGUAGAGACUACUUGGAGGGAGACCAGCAAUACAUCGUGAGGAAGAAGGGCCCAUGAUUCGCCAGUCUUCCCUGUCCUGACAUACAAGGGAUUGGAUACAUGUGCCACUUGCUUUUCUUGCCUUCAUCCUGAUUCCUAUUCCUGCGGGAGAGAAUGGAGGAAAGGCAUUCAGGCAGGGAGGGUAACCUUUGGGGUGUGUGUGUGUGUGUGUGUGUGUGUGUGCUCGCGCGCGUCUAUAGUGUAUUUUCUGGGUGUCAGUCCCAUGCCCCUUGGAGUGGGAAGGAGACCUAGAGAGGCCUUGCUUCACAACACACAUACCACCAUGCUCUCCUGCCUGAAUUGAUGACCGCAACCCCCAGGAGUUGCUGGGUUGCUGUACUCCAAGGCAGAAGCUCACCCAGGGUCCUCCCUCCUGCUCCUGUCUGCUCAGCUUCGGGAGGAACAGGUCUAUGUGGAAGGACCAAACACCACCCUUUCUUGGGUGAGCGCAUAAUUUCUACCUCUGUGCUUCCAUUUCCAGUGCAUCACAUACUGAUGCUGCUUGCAAAAAAAAAAAAAAAAAAAAAAAAUCAAACCCUCAGAAGUUGCAUUCAGUGGGGCUACUGGAUCCCCUUGGGGUUUGGUGCCAGAUUUUACAGGGUCUGUGGAGUGUCAGCCGUUGGCUUGCUCUCCCUUGGUUCCUCCCUCUGCAGCAGAAUAAUUCUCCUCCCUGUGCUGGUGCUGGCCGGGUUGGAAUUGGGUUCAGAGCAACUGCUUUAGUGGGUUCAAGUGUAUGUGAGGUCAGGCCUCUUAGGGACCCAGGAGAACACCACCUGCUCCUUUAGAAAGCCUGGCACAGAGCGGAGCAGGUAUGACCUUUCACCUCUCCCCUGCUUCAGGUCUCAUCAGGGAGAGGGCACCGUGCAGAAACCUGCCUAGCCUUCCCCAACAGGGUCCUCCUGGAGGGUCUGUCCUUAGUCUGUCCUUCAAGGGAAGUCGGGGUUGGCUCCUGCAGGCUUCAUGAGGGAUGUCAUUCUUGGAGUCUGUAAGGCAGGAUAUGUAUUCUGAAGGCAAUCAAGGUUCAGAAGGCACAAGGAGCCAGGCCAGGAUAUACUCACCCUGGCGAUGGGAUUUGGGGGACGGGGGAGAAGCAAAACCUUAAGAAUUCUGCUUCCUCUCCUGUUUUAGGAGUUGUAUGUGGCGUAAUGAAUCUAGACGAGGGACCAGAAAAAAAAUGAUCUGUGGUUCGGCUGCCUGCUAGGUUUGGAUGCCAUACCAUUUUACUGUUUAGGCCUCUAGGGUAGUAUUCUUUGGGUUCGGGGCUUGAAAGCCCUGGUCGUAAUGCUGCCGUAAACGUAGACAGAGGAGAAGCCAUCCAGGUGGACUUGAGGAGGGCUCUGCUUCUAUCCUGUGUCUGGCCUUAGGCUGGGGAGCUGAGGAGGGCUCUGCUUUUGUACUGUGUCUGGCCUUAGGCUGGGGAGCUGAGGAGGGCUCUGCUUCUGUACUGUGUCUGGCCUUAGGCUGGGAGAGCUGAGGAAGGUUUGCGAACUCAGUUGAGAGACAGGCAUCACAGGGUUCUCUAAAGACUGAAGCACAGAGGCAAGCCCAAAGUGCUAAGUCACUGACUACUAACUCAGCCGCCAGGCCCAAGUCCCUUAUCUCCUUUGACUCUAUCAGGACCUUCUGAGAAGGGGACCUUCCCCAAGGGCUGCAUGGGGCCCCUCUUACUCAGCCUCCUGGGGCUAUGGGCUGAGGAAAUCUAUGUGGCUAGAAGCAUGGAAGGCUGAACCGGAACACUCAUGGGCCUGCCCAGCUAGCGUGGGCCCUGUGGAGGGUGUUUACAGUCUGCACCCUACGUUCCUGCUCUCUUGACCUCAGCCAGUGUCAACUAGUUGCUUUCCACAGUAAGCCUGCCUUUUCUCCUCAUGCUGGCUGACUCUCCUUCUGACUGGACUCAAGGUCCUAGGCCUAAGGCCUGGAUGGGGGCUGCAGCUGCUCCCAGUAUUCUGUCUGUUUCUCAGCUUUGCUGUGUUUCUUGCUACCUAAUUUCAAUGACUGUGAAAAGAAAUGAUCUCUGAGCCAUGGCCGGCUCUGGCUGGCCCCCAACCCACCCUCUUUCUACUGUUUGGAUAGCUGUCCCUCUGCUGUGGAAAUGCUGCUGAGAGACUGUCACUGACUGGAUUUAGGACAGAAGGCUGGCAUUUCCCUGGUACAUCAAGAGACAUGGUCAUGUGGCCACUUGUGAGAGAGGCCAGGACUGCUUGAGGGCCUAGUGAAGGCCCAGCACAAGUCCUGCACAUCAAUGUGUCUUCUGUAAGUAUUCUGACUCAGGGCUGGGCCCUUCCUCUGGGAUAUCUAUUUUGGGUCUUUUCAGUCAUUCCCCUGUUCCAUUCACACAUGACCUACUAGUAAGGCCUAUUUGUUUCUUCUCUUGCUUUCUAGGGUAUCUGUAGCUAGGGAUUAGACUUGAGAUGUCCCCAAAGGGUCAUGACCAGAAUAGUACACUGUCCUGAGACUUGUGCCCGAAAAAUGGAUCAUGGAAAAGAACCCUGGGCUCAGAAUUUAGCCUUGUGGGCUCCUAGCCUCCGAGCUCCUCUAAGCAUGGAAGCAGAAGGCCAUUUAAUACCUGAGCUUCAAAUGGCACCUGUUUUGUUUUUGUUUUUUAAUUAAUUAAUUUAUUAUAUAUAAGUACACUGUAGCUGUCUUCAGACACACCAGAAGAGGGCAUCAGAUCUCAUUACAGAUGGUUGUGAGCCACCAUGUGGUUGCUGGGAUUUGAACUCAGGACCUCUGGAAGAGCAGUCAGUGGUUAAACUGAGCCAUCUCUCCAGCCCAUGGUAUCUGUUUUUUUUUUUAAAGAUAAAUUAAUUACUUUGUAGUACUGAGGAGUAAACCCGGGGCCUCAAGCACGCUUGGCAACUGCUCGUCAGCCUGCUGCGCAGCAUCCCCAACACCAAGUCUUAUUCAGUCUGUGCUCUCUCUAAAGGCUUGAGCCCCACCUUUGAAACAUUUCUUUGAGUGGGCAUCUCACUGUGUUUCCAGGGCUGGUUAGAAUUUGGGGGUCUAGGGAGCCCUCUUUAGCCUCCCAAGAAAACAGGUGUACCCUGCUUUGUCCAACCAAGACUAUUCCUGUUAAACAUGCCCUGGGAAGCAGGCCGGUGUGGGGGCCACAGAGCUGGGAAAAUGAGCCCAGAAGAAGCAAAGAAGUGUCACCCCGCUAGCAUUCAUCACUCUCCCCCCUCUUUUUUAAAAAUAAAACCAGACUCUGUUCUGAAAAUAAAAACUUGAGACUUAUGACAA